UCUGCUGUAAGCAUCCGGCAGACACAUUUUGCUAUGUGUGCGGCCGAUUUGUCAAGACAAGAGCGAAAAAGUACUCUGUGGAAGCAUCUGCUAAGAUGUGUGAGGCCUACAAGGCAUAUUUCGGCAUGUCUGUCGGGGAUCAAGACAAACCCUGGGCAUCUCAUUUCACCUGUGAGCAAUGCAAAAAAACUCUGGACGGAUGGUACAGAGUGGCAAAGAGAGCCAUGAAGUUCGUUAUCCCAAUAAUUUGGCGGGAACCCACUGACCACUCAAGCAACUACUACUUCUGUAAGGUGGACCCUUCCAAACGUCAAACUGGCAAGAAUGCACCUGCUAUCACGUAUCUGGACCUUCCUUCAUCCAUUGCCCUGGUGCCACACUGCCAUGAGCUCCCUGUACCCACUCCUCCGGAGAGAGAGCAGCCGUCUUUAGAAGAGAGCAGCAAGUCAGAGAGCGAGGAAGAGGUAGAUACAGAUGACAAUUUCAGCGGUGGAGCUGAGAAGCGAAACCUAUACUACCCCAACCAAAAAGACCUCAACGACUUGAUCAGAGAUCUUGGUCUCACCAAGUCCAAUGCCGAGCUUUUGACAUUGAGGCUCAAGCAGUGGAACUUGUUGGAGGAAAGUGUGCAAGCCGCAGAUCAAAGGAAGCAUCACCAACCUUUUUGCAGCUUCUUCACCUGUCAAGAUGGACCACAAUGUGACCAGUCUGUUCGAGGUAAUCGGAAUCGACUGUAACCAGAAUGAGUGGAGCCUCUUCAUUGACAGCUCAUCCAGGAGCCUCAAAGCCGUGCUGCUCCAUAAUGGUAACAAGUACCCGUCUCUUCCCCUGGCUCACUCCGUGCACCUCAAAGAGGAUUACAACAGCAUCAAGACCUUGCUGGAUGCCUUGAAGUAUGACGAGUACGGCUGGGAGGUCAUCAGAAACUUCAAAAUGGUGGCAUUCCUGAUGGGUCUCCAAGGUGGUUUUACCAUGUUUCCCUGCUAUCUUUGCCUUUGGGAUAGCAGGGACAUCAAAGCGCACUACCACAGGCGGGACUGGCCACAGCGGACCGAGUUCUCUGUGGGGACGAACAACGUCAAGUGGGAGCCACUGGUGGACCCCCAGAAGGUGCUGAUGCCACCACUGCACCUAAAAUUGGGCCUUAUGAAACAAUUUGUCGGUUCUGUAGAUAAGGAGUCGGCAGCCUUCAAGUACCUUCAAGACUUCUUCCCUAAGCUGUCUGAGGCAAAGGUCAAAGCCGCUGUCUUCAUUGGACCACAGAUAGCAGAUCCUGGAGUUCAAUGAAUUCCCCAAGAAGCUCACUAGUAAGGAGAAAGUGGCUUGAAACAGCUUUGCCGCAGUGGUUCGUGGCUUCCUGGGCAAUCACAAGGUCGAAAACUAUGUGGAGCUGGUUGAGACUGGUGAAGAACUAUGGCACAAUUGGCUGUAGGAUGUCUUGAUGCUCAUCUUGAUAAAUUCAAGGAGAACAUGGGAGCAUACUCGGAGGAGCAAGGCGAGCGCUUCCACCAGGAUAUCCUGGACUUUGAAUGUCGCUACCAAGCACAGCAUAACGAGAACAUGAUGGGAGAUUACAUUUGGGGGCUGAUUCGUGAAAGUGAUUUACAAACUCGGGUUGACACGAUAACACGUACAAUACCUCAUAUAUAUUAAACACAAUUGCUAUGCAGGCAAUAUCAAUACCAAUGCUAAUUUACAGUUGUACUGGUUAAAGGCCUCCUCGUCCCAUAAUGGUUAUGCGUUUUGUUGUAUACUUCACCAUGCUGGUCAACGUGGGCUGAUGAAGGGGAGACUAGCAUGGGUUCGGAUAUCACUCGACAAUUAUGUCAGCUGUGGUCUAGGAUUGAGAUAAGGUUACCCAUAAUGCACCUGAGCUAUCCACUGCACCACAACAGUUGCAGCAAAGUAAUAUUGGGAAUGAGUAAUUAGUACACAAUGUAAGUAAAUAAUAAUCAAAUAAGAGAGUGCUUUCUGUAGCUUUAGCAAAUACACUUGGAUAGUAAACAUGAUUUAUAAAAACCAAUUGAUUAUUACCUCAAAUGAUCAUACUCAUUGAGAUUGCCGGAGCCAAUCAAUGGAUGGAAUAAUUGAUUAUGUUGGUCUCAUCUGCUUGGCUUAUAUGGUUUGUGUGCAGUGUCCUGACCUGCCAUUAGCUAAUUCUAAUACGGGGUCAGGAUCUGCCCCACAAUGCCAUCUUACAGCAGAAAGUGCCUCUGAUUGGUUUGUUGCACUAAUGUGAUGAGAUCGAUGCUCGUGAUUGGUUACAUGCCAGCUUGAUUAAUGGUGUUUCUGCACUUCAAAGUAGAUGUUAUAAUGGGUGGGGAACAAUAUAUCCAAAUAAACCGCCGUGCACUAUUGUUUUGACAACAUACACUCACUGCAGCACUUGUGUUUCUGCAUUGAACAGUAAUAGACAACUCAAAUGAUACAUUAAAGGUCAAGACCCCUUCUAAGGGCAG